UUUUUUUUUCCCGGAGUUCGCAUCUGGCGCUCGCGGAGCGCGGCCGCGUAACACUAGUGAACUUGAAGGAAAGCGCGCUAAAAACGGGACGGUGACGAGAGAAGACGAACGCGGCGCUGACUAACAACCAGUCUUUCUUUUUAUAUUGCCUGUCGACGUCCAUUAGAACGGAAGCACAAUCAGUACAAGAGAAAGAAAGAGGAAGAAAAAAGGAGAAGACAGAGAUACAAAGAAGAAGCAAGCGCAUAGGACGUCACCGAACCAUGACGUGCCCCCGCCGGCCCGGUCACCCACUUUCCCCGAGCGCCCGUAUCGAACUACAUUUUGGCGGCCACCGCAUUUCGCGAAGGUGCGUCUUUUGCGGAGCGAUCGUUGAACCGCACUAACGAAGGGGCCAUCGGCGCCACGGCCGCGUCAACGGGUGGGGGUGGAGAGGAGGAGUGCAGAAUGCCGCGCCGUGUGCCAACGGCCCUGAGUCAGACGGGCGAGGGUAAACUCGAGCUCGCCCGCCACCUCCUCGGCGACCCGGUGACGUCACCGGGCCGGGAAGAGGAGGAGGAGGAGGAUUCGCCGGCUGGGCCGGAGAGCCGUAUAUGUCCCUGGGCCAGCUUCUUGGUGCCGUGCGCCGAAGUGUUAGAAAAAUCGCAGGUCCGCCAGCGGACCCACAGCAAACCCUCACUGGGCUCUCUGCAGUGAACUUGCCUGUCUCCCAGACCUACCGGCCGCCCCACUCCUCCGCGAUGCCUUUCACCCCAGCCGUCGAGCAUGCCAAGUGCCCAAAGUGCGGCCGUUCCGUCUACGCGGCCGAGGAGAUGCUGGCCGCCGGCAGCAAGUGGCACAAGGUCUGCUUCGUCUGCGGACUCUGCCGCAAGCGGCUCGACAGCACCAACGUGGGCGAGCACGCGGGCGAGCUGUUCUGCAAGCAGUGCUACGGCCGAAAGUUCGGACCCAAGGGCUACGGCUUCGGCGCGGGCGCCGGCUGCCUGACCAUGGACAAGGGCGAGCACCUGGGAAACACCGAGUGUGCCAUGAGCAACAGGCCGCACGACCCCAUCUACGGCUGAAUUGGACGGUGCUUGCGAAGUCGGCGACGGAACAUCCAGUGAUGUGCUUGCGGAGCCUGUUCUUUUUUAUUUUUUUUUUUUUUUUUCUCCACGUUCUCACAUCCGACAACUACCCGCGGAGUGCCCAAUGAGAAAGCUUCAAACCUGCAGCACUUCGAGAAUGGAACUCUUGAACAUAUUGCUUUUCAUUUAGCAAACAAGACAAAAUAGAGCCGCGACAAAAAAUUUAAGAAGUCUCGUUUCUUCCCUCGUUUUCUUUUUCGUUUCUUCCUGUGAAAGCAUCAGUCAUUUAACAACGCUGAUACGUUGAUAAAUGAAGGCACGCUGAAGGUGUAGAUGAAUGCGGCGAAAAUUAUGUCAAGGUGCCUACACUAUCGCUACAGCACAACGAAAUCGUGUACUUAUCCAUGUACGUGACAUACCAUUGUCAACGGUGAUCUCCUAUGUUACAUUGUUUUGUUUUGUUUUUGUUUUUCAUUGAUUGUUCUCGCAGUAUUCCAGUACACAUGUUUACGUCGAUACGCAAUAAAAGUUGUUUGUUAUUCAGCA